AUGAGAACGAUCGACCUCACUCUUGGUGAUACGUCUCGGCCCCAGGCUCACAACGUUUUCGGCAAGACGCUAUCUUUCCUGCAGGUUGGAAGAGACAACGAAGGGGCUGCCAAGGCGAGUGCCUUGUCAUUGUUGGCGGAGGUUGGCGAGAAACAGAGAGACGCUCGCUUGGCCACAUUGGCGCUCACCAUGAAGUUGGACACCUUUGAGAAGGUCAAAAAGGCGAUUGACGAAAUGAGGGUAGCCCUCAAGCAGGAGCAGGAGGCAGAGAAGAAGAAGAAGGAUUGGUGCACGUCCCAGUUUCAGAAGAAGAAGUUGGAAACACAGGAGAAAACUCACGAAGAGCAGACCAAGAUCGCGGAGAUGGAAAGCCUUCACAGCUCCGUCUCGCAGCUGGCUGGGGACAUCAAGCUCUUGGAGGACGAGGUCUCCGAAAUGAACAAGCAGCUUCAGGUAGCGGGUCAAAACCGCGAGAAGGAAAACAAGGAGUUCCAGAAGGUUGUGGGAGAGCAGCGCACGACCCAAGUCCUCUUGAAGGAAGCAAUGGCAUCUCUGAAGUCUGUUUAUGCCAAAGAGGCCGCUUUCCUCCAGGAAUCGACAUCGAAAGUCGCAGGCGUCCAUGGGGAGGAGCCUGAGUUCAAGGACUUCAAGCAGCAGUCUGGCAGCUAUGGCGUGCUUGGCAUGCUGCAACAGUUGAUCGCGGACUCGAAGGCGAUGGAAGUUGAGGCGACUCAUGCCGAAAGCACAGCACAGGAGGACUACGAGGCUUUUACGAAAGGGACCACCGCAUCUGUGGAAGCGAAGACGAAGGACAUUACGGACAAAGAUGCGGACAAGGGAGCCACAGAGGCUUCCCUCGUGGAGGCUCGGCAGUCCAAAGAAGGCCUCACGGCGGAGUUGGAGAACCUGGCCACCGCCGUUGCUGAGCUGCACGACGAGUGUGACUACAUGAUGCAAAACUUUGAUGCUCGGCAGUCAGCGCGAGGCGACGAGAUGGAAGCGUUGCAGCAAGCAAAAUCGAUGCUGUCGGGUGCAAAGGCUUGA